AAACCCCGGCGCAGGGGAUCCAGGCGGGGGGACUUUAAGACCAGCCCUCUCCAGGGACCCUUUUGUUCAGCUCUCAAACAUAAGCACCUUCUCGACUCGCCAGGACUUCAGUGGCAACUUGGCCAAGCAGGAAAAACCCGACUUGGGAGAGCGGCCCCGGCCUCGCAACCCUCCGCAAUGUCACGCUCCUUCUAUGUCGACUCCUUAAUCAUCAAAGACUCCUCGAGGCCGGCUCCGUCCCUUCCUGAGCAUCAUCACGGCCAGGACUUCUUUAUCCCUCUCAGCAUGCCUUCCCCCCUCGUCAUGUCGGUAUCGGGCCCGGGCUGCCCGUCCCGAAAGAGCGGCGCCUUUUGCGUCUGCCCGCUCUGUGUCACCUCGCACCUGCACUCGUCCCGCGGCGGCGGCGCCGGCGGGGCCAUCCCUCUGCUCAAGAGCCAGUUCCCCAGCGCCGCGGGCGAGGCCCAGUGCUGCCCGCGGUCCGGUCACGCUCACCAUCCUCCGCAGCACCCGCCGCCCGCCGCCUCGGUCCCCGCCGCCGCCGCCCGGGGGGCCGCCGCCGCCGCCCUGGGACACCCAGCGCAUCACCCACCUGCCUGCGCCGCCACCACCUACAGCGUCAGCGACCCCCGGAGGUUCCACUGCCUCGGCAUGGGAGGAUCCGAAUCCAGCCAAAUUCAAAACGGGAAACGGAUGAGGACUGCUUUUACCAGCACCCAGCUCUUGGAGCUGGAGAGGGAAUUCUCCUCCAACAUGUACCUGUCCCGGCUGCGGAGGAUCGAGAUAGCCACGUACCUGAACCUGUCCGAGAAGCAAGUGAAAAUCUGGUUUCAAAACAGGAGAGUGAAGCACAAGAAAGAAGGCAAAGGCACCCAGCGAAACUCGCACGGCGGUUGCAAGUGCAGCACCAGCCAGGGGCAUUACCCCCGGUCGGAGGAUGAAGAGUCUCUAUCCCCCUCAUCGGCUACCGAGGAUAAAGAGAUCUCCCCGUUAUGAGCGCGGCUCGGAGCUCGGCUCUUGCCGGCGGGUGCC